AGACUCAUGAGUGCUGUGGGUCCUGCUGUAUCUGCCUGUGCGUUAUUACUCCCCACUUCACUGCUUACUACUCACUAUAGCUCACAGAGCCUCCUUCAUACGUCCCACUGCACUAAAACGUCACUCUUCCUGGUCUGGGUUUCACCCUUAGAAUGCGUAUGCACACAUAGAACUGAGAACUUGAAGAUUCCAGAUUACUUUGCCUAUCAGGGCAUUCCUUUAGGGUUCUGCUUUGUGAUGCCUCAAGGAGAGGAGUAGUCGUUUGCCUCUUGAGAAGCCUCUGGUCAGCUGCCUCUGAGCCAUCAAGAUGUCUAUGUCUUCUCUUCCAGCAGCCAUUCUGUCUCAUAUGAUAGCUGUAAGCAACGUGCCUCCUCCUCCACUUCGCAGUAUUCCAAACUUGCAAAAAUCUAGAAUCAUUGAUUAUGGUCAGUUGAAUGCAUUAUGCCACUUGAGAAGAAUACAACCCAGCCGAACCAAUAUUCUAUCAGCGCACAAUGUGUUUAUGAAGCAAUAUCCUAAAAUAUUCGUGCAGAAAAAAGUCAGACUGCCUAAACUUUUCAAAGAGGAAGAGAAAAGAAUACCUGCUGAAGAUACAGAAGAAAGUAAACCUCCACAACCUGAUGAUUCCCACAAUAUAGCUAUCCAUGUUAAGAAAGCACGUGGUGGCCGUACUUUAUAUGGACCAAAAAAAUAUGAAGAGAAGGUAGUACAAUUCAUGGCUGUUUUAAAGAAAUUGCCCAUUCAUAGGACUCCAUCUGAACACAACAUUGUGUGGAAGAUGCUGAAAACAAUUCCAGAUUUAACCUCUCAACUACUUGAUGAGCAUCUUAAAAUACUUAGUAAGAAUGUCAUUUCUGAAACCUGGAUAAAAGGCAGCACAGUGAUUGGAAAUGAUGGAUUUUAUAUAAUACUGAAAGGCCUAGCUCGACCUCAAACACAAAUAUAUAAAAAUAUGAUUGAAGAACAUGAGUCUACAACCUCUUUCAUACCUCAGAGUUUUCACAGUUUUGUUUUCAGUGAAGACUUCAGAAACCCUCUACUGACUGGGGUUGGUCCCACGCUUGGACAAUGGAGUACCUUUGGAACCUUGGAAGUUGCAGCUCAUGUUGAAUCAGAAACAAGGGAGUACUCAGUGGUGACAGAAGAAGACUGUGAAAUUCUUAAAAUUCCAGCCAAUAAUUAUGCAAACUUAAAAACGGAAAAGACAAGACUGGAAAAUCAACAUAAGGUGAAGUUAAUCCAUAAGUGUCCAUAUUAUGUGGAGUGGCCUACUUUAUCCAUAUAUGAACUAGUUACGUUCACUAAAUGGAAAAAAUUUCCCCCAGGUCAUGUGAUCGUGGAAAGUGGAAAUAUAAUUUCUUUUGUGGCUUAUAUUAAUUCUGGAUAUUGUAAAAUUUAUAGAAAUAUCAUAGGACUUUCAAAACCACAAUCAAGAAAAGUGAAAAAAAUUCAGAAACUCGUUUAUAUGGGUAGACUUAAUGAGAAGGAGUCUUUUGGUGAGAUAAGUGUUCUUCUUCAAGUUCCUUUCACAUGCACAGUAGUUACUGGAAAAGAUGUUGAGAUGGCAAUUAUUGAAGAUAAGGACCUACAUGCAUUAGACCCAGUGACCAAGCAACUUAUGCUUCAGACAGCUAAGCCAACUUUUGGUCAUCUGUCAGAUGAGGACGUCAAAAAGGAAUAUUUGCAAAAGGAACUAAAGAGGGAAUGGAAAAAUUUCAAGGAUACAACAGUGAAAAACUCCUUGUACCAUAAUGGAAUUAUUCCAGGCUUUGGAAAAUGGGACCAUUCCUAUACCAGCAUUCGUAGGCAUCUCAAGGAUACUUUAGUCAGUUAUUAAACAAAUCAACUCAUAAGAAGCUGGGAAUUUCAGCAAAAUUAUUCUUUUUUUCUUCAUUUGAAAUCACUGUAAGGAUAUUCAUUUGAAAUCUUUAUAAGGGUCUCUAUUCCUAUUGCCUAGCUUCCUACUAGCUUACUCACGUAAAUAAAUUCCUGCUGAUAUACUUAUAUUGGA